AUUCGGACGUCCGACAAAAAUCUGGCGCGCUGGAUGUUCUUGUCAGCCGAAAAUGUCCGCGGACGGUAUGCACGGGGUGCGGGACGCGUCAGUGUGUCAGAAGGAGGCGGGCUAUGUGAGAGGUUGCACGUGCGUACGUACGCUACGUAAAGAUGGACGAACGGAUUAUUGAGUGUGUUCGCACAAAGGAAUUAUUAUAUAACCCCAAAUUAAAGGAUUACAGAAACGCUUCAAAAAAACAAGAAGCCUGGGAGCAGAUAGCCGCCGAACUAAAUAUAACGGUUACGGAGUGCAAAACAAAGUGGAACCUUCUUCGCAAUGCGUUCAUCCAUGCCAUGUCUAGGAGGAAGACAGUAACCGGCCAAGGAGUGAAGAAUUUCAAAAAAUGGAAAUUUGAGGAGGAAAUGGCCUUUUUGUUACCAUUUAUGGCAAAUAGGAACACCAUUGCAGCACCAGUUGGAGAAUUCUUGGGUGGAACUAGUGAAUCGCCUGGUGCAGAUGUAAUCGAAGAACCCUUCAUUACAAAUAACAGUCAACAAAAAAAAACCCGGAACUUAGAUACCUAUCACGAAGAUAUGCUAAAGCUGAUGAAAGCUAGAUCUCAGAGGAAAUCUGAAAAAAAUGACAUUGACCUAUUUUUUGACAGUAUCGCUGAAACUGUCAAGAAGUUUCCUAAAUUAGAACAGAUUAGAAUAAAAUUUAAUAUUAUGAAAAUGGUUCACGAGGUAGAGAUGAAGAUGUGUUUGGAAAAUGAUGAAGCUUCUAAUCAUACAUUUUCUCCUCAUUCAUUAUAUUCGUCUUCAUCUCAGAGUUUUGACACUCAUUACUCACCUUCCCCCCCUGUCAUUCAUCAUGUUUCUUCCCCACAGUUUAUACCUCAGUCUUCACCUUCGCCCCACACCGCAUACUCACCUUCUCCCCCUGACACUCAUCAAGUUUCUUCCCCACAGUUUAUACCUCAGUCUUCACCUUCGCCCCACAUCGCAUACUCACCUUCUCCCCCUGUCACUCAUCAAGUUUCUUCCCCACAGUUUAUACCCCAGUCUUCACCUUCGCCCCACAUCGCAUACUCACCUCCUCCCCCUGUCACUCAUCAAGUUUUUUCCACACAGUUCGUACCUCAUUCUUCAUCUUCAUCUCAAAUCGCAAACUCACCUGUUCCUUCCACUUCACAAACGUCUCAGUCUCUUUUAACAUCUAACACGCAAGAUGCUGUCGUGGAAAUCUCGAUCCCGGAAUUGCAAUCAAGUGAGGAGACAUCCGUGCGCAGGCAGGGCGCUCACAGAUAUCUUAAGGGGCCAGCACAUGCUCAAGGUUACCUUGUCUUGGAUAAUUUUGGACAGUACCAUUGUGGCUCCCAGCAAGAUAUCACUCAGUUCGUGGCGCGAGAUCAAAACUGA